CGUCCGCCAUUGCUGUGUGAGGCCGGAAGGAAGGCGGCGGGAGACACCGAGAAGGAGAGACACAGAGAGAGAGAGCGAAGGAAGGAAGGAAGGAAGGAAGGAAACACAGGGAGGGGAAAUGAAGAUUUUAUGGAACCACCUCUGGGAUACAGAAAGGAAAACAAUAAUAUAGGAAGAGGAAAUCAUCUCAAGGUGAUGAUCUUGCUGAAUUCUUGACUUCACUUACAAAUAACAAAAGAAAUAAGAUUCAAGUAUCUGUGUUGCAAAUAAUCAUCCAGAUCACUGUUGACAUGAAGGAGAAAGCAUCUGAAUGCCUGGAGUGUGGAAAGAGCUUCUCUGACAGUGGAGAUUUACAUUUACACCAAAGUACUCACACUGGGGAGAUGCUCUAUACACGCUUGGAGUAUGGAAAGAGCUUCACUGGCAGUGAAGGUUUGCACUUACAUCAGAAAAGUCACACUGGGGAGAAACCCUAUAAAUGCCUGGAGUGUGGACAGAGCUACACUCAUAUUUCCCGUCUACGUUCACAUCAAAGGAUUCACACUGGGGAGAAACCCUAUAAAUGCCUGGAGUGUGGAAUGAGCUUUGCUCAGAGUGGAAGCCUAUGUUCACAUCAAAGGACUCACACAGGAGAGAAACCUUAUAAAUGCCUGGAGUGUGGAAAGUGCUUCACUGAGAGUGGAAAUCUGCAUUUACAUCAAAGGACCCACACUGGGGAGAAACCUUAUGCAUGCCUGGAGUGUGGAAUGAACUUCACUCAGAGCGGAAGUCUACGUUCACAUCUAAGGACUCACACUGGGGAGAAACCCUAUAAAUGCCAAGAGUGUGGAAAAAGCUUCACUCAGAUUGCAAAUCUACAUUCACAUCAAAGGACUCAUACUGGGGAGAAACCUUAUAAAUGCCUGGAAUGUGGGCAGAGCUUCUCUCAUAGUUCACGUCUACGUUCACAUCAAAGGAUUCACACUGGGGAGAAACCCUAUAAAUGCCUGGAAUGUGGGCAGAGUUUUGCUGAGACUGGAAGCCUACGUUCACAUCAAAGGACUCACACCGGGGAGAAACCAUUUAAAUGUCUGGAGUGUGGAAAGAGAUUCCCUCAUAGUUCGGGUCUAUAUUCACAUCAAAAGACUCACACAGGGGAGAAACCUUAUAAAUGCCUGGAGUGUGGAACGAGUUUCACUCAGAGGAAUCAUCUAGAGCAGCAUGAAAGGACUCACACUGGGGAGAAACCCUAUAAAUGCAUAGAGUGCGGACAGAGCUUCACUCACAGUGGAAGUCUACAUAAACAUCAGAGGACUCACACUGGGGAGAAACCCUAUAAAUGCCUUGAAUGUGGAAAGAGUUUCAUUCACAACGGAGAUCUACGUGCACAUCAAAGAACUCACACUGGGGAGAAACCUUACAAGUGUCUUAAUUGUGGACAGAGUUUCACUCACAGUGGUAAUCUACAUAAACAUCAAAGGACUCACACUGGAGAAAAACUCUAUACAUGCCUGGAGUGUGGACAGAGUUUCACUCAUAGUUCACGUCUACGUUCACAUCAAAGGACUCACACUGGAGAGAAACCCUAUAAAUGCCUGGAGUGUGGACAGAGCUUCACUAAUUGUUCAAGUUUACGUUCACAUCAAAGGACUCACACUGGAGAGAAACCCUAUACAUGCCUGGAGUGUGGACAGAGCUUCACUCAGAAUGGAAGUCUACAUAAACAUCAAAGGACUCACACUGGGGAGAAACCCUACAAAUGCCUGGAAUGUGGACAGAGCUUCACAUAUAGUUCAAGUUUACAUUCACAUCAAAGGACUCACACUGGGGAGAAACUCUAUAAAUUUGUGUUGUAUGGAAAGAGCUUUUCUGAAAGUUCAGAUAUGCAUAGACAUAUUUUUGACAUUGGAGAGAACAGUGGUAUUUGACCCCAGAGAAAUUCUCUCAGACAAGAGUUUUCCGAGCUUUUUUCUUUUUUGGUGACACACACUUUUUAGACAUGCAUCCAUUUGGGGUAUGGCAAUUCAGUUUAACUAGCAAAACAGAGGUUAAACCAAUCCCGUGUAAGAUUUUCAGUAUAAACAAUAUAAUGUAAUAAUAUAGAUUAGUUUAUUAUAAACAUUACUGUAUAAACCAUUCUUGUGUAGCGUCUUCCACAGCUGCUUCAUUUUAAAAUUACUUUUUAAUUGGAAAUGGAAGUUUCUGUAUUCUGUCUGACAUCCCAAUUCCAAUUUUUCCAAUUGUGUAAUUGUUUGUUAACCUUUUCCCAUAAUUGAUUGUAGUUCAAUUGUAUUAUGUUAGCUAGGGUUUUGGGGAUAUAUAACCCCAUUUUAUCCCCAAACUGAAUUAUAAUCCUUUAAACUCUACACACAA